AUGAUUGACAUCUACACCCGUUUUGCCGAAGCAGUCCCUAUUAAGGAUCAAUCAGCUCAAGUUGUAGCUGAUGCUAUAUUUAAUAAUAUAGUAUGCAGAUAUGGUUGUCCUGAUAUGGUCAUUUCCGACCGGGGUAGUAAUUUCACAUCUAAAUUAUUUCAAGACGCUUGCAGUAGUCUGCAAAUAAAGCAUAACAUCACAACUGCGUAUCGACCAUGUUCUAAUUCCAUCUGUGAGCGUUUUAAUAAAACACUCUGCGGUACUAUAGCUCGCAUUUCAGAGGGAAAUAAUAGGAAUUGGGACUCUUUUAUAUCACCAGCACUAUUUGCAUAUAACAACGCUACCCAUGCAUCAACUAACGAAUCCCCAGCCUUUUUAUUAUACGGCUUCGACCCUCGCUUCCCUAUCGCGUUCCCAGCAGAACCGCAGAAUAUCAGCUUGGAAAAACCCCACGGAAUGGAAUUGAGAGAUAGAUUAAGGGCAGUUCGGGAAGCUGCUUACAAACUGGGGAGGCAAUGGAAUUUUAAUAAUCGAAAACGUAUCAACCGUAAUAGGGAAAUGAACAAUUGGAGGGAGGGGCAACGGGUGUGGUUACUUCAUAAGGGUAAAAUUAAGAACUCUGGAAAGUUCUCGGCAAAGUAUCUAGGACCCUAUCGGAUCACACGUAAACUAGGCCCCGUCACUGUGGAAAUUGGUGAUAAUCGUAAGAAUAACAAAUUUAUUGUACAUGUAGAUCGAUUAAAACAAUGUUAUUUUCCGAUGUAUAAAGACGCGAAAAAAAGAGAGCGUAACAGACACCUCAUGAAACCAGAAGAAGAGGAACCGAUUAACGAUUCGAACGAUGAAGAUAUUUGUGGAUAUAUAAGGCACUGGACUCGUGGAACAAACUACCGGACAAAUCACCCUCCAUCUGAGCCCCAAGAUCAACAGAACGAACUUGAAAGACUCGAAGAGGAUAGGUAUCCUGAAAUGAGGCCCAGCCAGUCACCACAACGGCGGUACGACCUACGAGGUCGCAGAGUAGAUUACCGUAAGUUACAUUACGGUAAUUAA